AUGACCGACAAAGAACGCACGCCUCGGGCCCACGUGACGCCACCAGAUGCGCUCGCGCUUCCGCACGUCGUCGAGGCCAUUGCGAUGUGCUUAGACGACCAGAAAGACUUUGGCCGCUUCCUCCACGCGAUACCACGGUCGCUCUGGACGCCGGCGCUCACGGCCUUUCUCGCCUGCACCACGGUGAUGCCAUCAUCGGUCAGCACCAACUGGCCGCACAUUGCGCUGCUUAGCAUGGAGUUGCCGCCUUUGGUCUUGACGCUGCUUGCGGCGACGCUGCCGCUGCGACCACGUUUUCAACUCCAGUGCCCGAUCGGACAGGCGGCGCCACUGGCCUCACUCGUCGCUGUCGUCGGACCUGCGAUCAACAGCGUCACUCUCCAUUUGAACAGCAACGGUGCGGCUAAUGGCCGAGGCCAAGCGAUCAGCAGCCUCCUCUUGCAGCGCUGCCCGCAUCUGCCCCGAGUUGUCGUCUGCGUGAAGCUCAACCUGCCGACCGGGAAUAGUGAGCUCAGCGAUCUGCUUGCAGUUGUCGCCCACCGGCAUGUGGAAGAUUUGACUAUCGCCCUGCAGCGCGCGCCGCCGGAACUCGGGUAUCUCUUGGCAGCGUGGCUCUCGACGGCACCAGCGACGAAGCUUCGAUUGGUUCAAGUCGCCCAGAUCGACCACGAUGCUGCCAUCGCGUUCUGCGAUGCGCUCCAAGCCAACACGACGCUGCGAGAGCUCUCCAUGUACAACGCACGUGCCUUCGGUGGCUUUCAUGGGCGCACGCUUCCAGUGUCGUUGAAGACCUUGGAGUGGAAUGCUCGCACCAACAGCGUCGUCGACGAUGCAACGAUGACCGACCUUGCGACCGCCGUCGGGCCCACGCAGCUCGAGCGUCUCGAGUGCAGCGUCUUUGGCCAGUUGGCGACAUGUCCGGCGGCGGCGCCCAUGCUCGCGCAACUCCAGUGGCUCCUCGUCUCUGGGUUGAACGCUGGCGACAUGGAGGCAUUGAUCGCGGGCUUGUUGUCGGUCCCGGCGCUGAUGUCUCUUGCUCUUGUUUGCAAUUGCGAUCUCUCGUUCUCGACGGAGCUGCUCAUGGAGACGCUUGCGACGACGUGCGUGCAUCUCGAGACGCUGCAUGUCAGCGAUGAGCAGUUGACGCGGCGUGAAGUCGUAGUUGUCCUCUCUGGCACGCUGGACCUGCCGCGCUUGACGUCGCUAACCAUGGCGAUCCGGCUCUCUGUCGUACUCGACGUGCUUCCGGAGCUUGUAGCCGCGGGCCGCCAGCUCCGGACGCUCCACUUGAAUGCCAUCGUCCACGGCGAAAUGCAUGGAGGUGCCGGUGAAGCCAAGCGCGCGCUCUAUCGGGCGCUGGCACUUACCCAGAACGUUCCGUUUGUUGUGGAGGCGCUGCCAGAAGAUACCGAUGCGUUUGUGGUCGACGUCCUCGGACCGCGCGCCGAUCGUGGUGAUCGCUGUCGGUUGAGUUUCACAUAA